AGCAAUAGAAGGUGUUCAAAUAUGGAGAAAGCAAUUCAUAGACAGAGAGUUUUGCUUAAACAUCUACAACAAAAUCCAUCACAUUCAUCUUUUCAUCUUCAAUCCACUCAUCUCUCAGCCUCAGCCUGUGUUGCGGGCAAAUCUUCAUAUGGGAAAACUGAUGCAUCUGAAAAUGAUGAUAAUGAUGUGGUUAUCAUAGCUGCACACCGAACUGCUAUUUGCAAAGCAAAGCGUGGUGGCUUCAAGGAUACCCCUCCGGAUGACCUACUUGCUUCAGUUUUGAAGGCAGUAAUAGAGAAAACAAAUGUGAAGGCAAGUGAAGUUGGAGACAUAGUUGUUGGAACAGUGUUGGCUCCUGGAGCUGACAAACUUGUUGAAUGCAGAUUGGCAGCCUUCUACGCUGGUUUCCCUGGCAUUGGAGCAGGAUUGGAGUAUAUGACUCAAGAUAGUAUCAUUACAACGAUCCGUAACAGUAACCCAAAAGUGGAAACCUUGGCACAAGCCCAGGAUUUUCUUCUUCCAGUGGGAAUUACUUCUGAGAAUCUCGCACAACGUUAUGGUGUCACAAGGCAGGAGCAAGACCAAGCUUCUGUUGAGUCUCACAAGCGUGCUGCUGCUGCAACAACAGCCGGUAAAUUCAAAGAAGAAAUCAUUCCUCUUCCUACUAAGAUUGUUGACCCAAAAACUGGAGAGGAGAAGAAAAUUGUAGUGUGUGUUGAUGAUUGUAUCCGACCAAACACAACUCUGAUGGAUCUUGCAAAGCUUAAGCCUUCGUUCCAAAAGAAUGGAUCCACCACAGCAGGGAAUUCUAGCCAAGUUAGUGAUGGUGCUGCAGCAGUGCUGCUCAUGAAGAGAAGAGUGGCUAUGCAAAGGAAGCUCCCUAUUCUCGGAAUCUUCAGGAGUUUUGCUACUGUUGGAGUAGACCCUGCUGUCAAAGGGGUUGGUCCUGUUUAUGCAAUUCCAGCUGCACUGGAAUCUGCUGGUCUUGACCUAAGCAACAUUGAUUUGUUUGAAAUUAAUGAGGCAUUUGCGUCUCAGUUUGUUUAUUGCUGCAAGAAAUUGGCACUUGAUCUCAAAAAGGUGAAUGUCAAUGGUGGCGCCAUUGCUCUUGGGCAUCCUCUGGGAGCUACGGGUGCACGUUGUGUUGCAACUUUACUGCAUGAAAUGAAGCGUCGUGGCAAGGAUUGUCGCUUUGGUGUAAUCUCAAUGUGCAUAGGGACAGGUAUGGGAGCUGCUGCUGUGUUUGAAAGGGGAGACACUUGAAGACGCAAGCCUAGCUAGACAGAGAACACAUUUCAAAUCUUUCUAUUUUGAAUUCAGUUUCAAUUGAAAGGUUCUACAAAUAAAUGGACUCAACUUUAAAUGCUCUAGGGGAAACUUAGAACAUUAUAUUCAAUUUUCCAUGUAGAGAAAAGUUAAAUAAAUAUAUAUUUAUGUAUUCUCUUGACUCUUGUUGUAAAUACUUGUUCU